CCAUGUGGACCAUUUAGAUAUUUUAUGGUUUUAGUUGAUGCAUCAACUAGAUGGUCACAUGUGUGCUUACUAUCAACUCGCAACCUGGCGUUUGCUAGAUUACUUGCCCAAUUGAUACGACUACGAGCACAUUUUCCUGAUUUUCCAAUCAAGAAAAUACGUCUAGAUAAUGCUGGUGAAUUUACUUCACAAACUUUCAAUGACUAUUGUAUGUCCACUGGCAUUGAUGUUGAACAUCCUGUAGCACAUGUUCAUACACAAAAUGGCCUUGCAGAAUCAUUUAUUAAGCGUUUGCAACUUAUUGCAAGACCAUUGCUUAUGAAAACAAGCUUGCCAAUUUCUUGUUGGGGACAUGCUAUAUUGCAUGCAGCAACAUUAAUUCGCAUAAGGCCAACAAGUUAUCAUGAAAUUUCCCCCUUGCAAAUGGUUUUUGGUCAGGAACCUAAUAUUUCCCAUCUAAAAAUAUUUGGGUGUGCCGUCUACAUCCCUAUUGCUCCACCACAGCGUGUUAAGAUGGGUCCUCAAAGGAGGUUGGGAAUUUAUGUUGGAUAUGAGUCCCCGUCAAUCAUAAAAUACUUAGAACCCUUGACGGGAGAUUUAUUCACUGCUCGUUUUGCUGAUUGUCAUUUUGACGAAUCAACAUUAGGGGGUGAGAGCAAACAGCUGGGAAAAGAUAUUUGUUGGAAUGAAUUAUCAUUAUCUCACCUUGAUCCUCGUACUAGACAAUGUGAACUGGAAGUUCAAAAGAUAAUUCAUUUACAAGGUUUAGCAAACCAACUGCCGGAUUCUUUUACUGACCAGAAGAGAGUGACAAAGUCACACAUACCAGCUGUAAAUGCUCCAGUGAAAGUUGAUGUCCCUGUUGGACAAUCUGAAAUUGCAAAUGAAUCUAAACCACGAAUGAAGCGUGGUAGACCAGUAGGUUCCAAGGAUAAAAAUCCUCGAAAAAGAAAAGGAGCUAUGAAUCAAGUUGGUCAAAUUGAGGAUAUGAAAGGUCAAGAAAAGUCCCCAAGCAUAACUAAGAUUGUAGUUCCCGAAGAACAUCAGGUACCUGAAAGUUUUGAUAAUGAAGAGAUCUCAAUCAAUUAUGUCUUGGAUGGAAAAUGUUGGAACCGAAGUAAAAUAAUCGUCGACGAUGUUUUUGCUUACGCUGCAGCUUUGAGUGUGAUGAAUGAAAAUGAGGAUCAUGAACCAAGAUCUAUUGAUGAAUGCAAGUCAAGAGAUGAUUGGCCAAAGUGGAAAGAGGCCAUUGAGGCAGAAUUAAACUCGCUUUCAAAGCGAAAGGUUUUUGGACCGGUAGUCCUUACACCAGAAAACGUAAAGCCAGUGGGAUACAAAUGGGUUUUUAUGCGGAAACGAAAUGAAAAGGGUGAAGUCGUGAGAUAUAAAGCACGUCUUGUCGCACAAGGAUUCUCACAGAGACCUGGCAUUGAUUAUGAGGAGACAUACUCCCCUGUGGUGGAUGCAACUAUGUUUCGAUACUUGAUUAGUCUAGCAGUUCGAGAAGGACUAGAUCUGCGUCUAAUGGAUGUUGUGACAGCCUAUUUGUAUGGAUCACUUGAGAAUGAUAUAUAUAUAUGAAACUCCCUGAAGGAUUCACUUUGCCAGAAGCGAACAAAACACAUUCUCGAGAAAAUUUUUCUAUCAAAUUGAACAAAUCCUUGUAUGGAUUGAAACAAUCUGGACGAAUGUGGUACAAUCGUCUCAGUGAAUAUUUGAUGAAAGAAGGAUACACGAAUGACCCUAUUUGUCCAUGUGUUUUUCUAAAGAAAUCGGGUAGUGAGUUUGUUAUAAUAUCAGUUUAUGUUGAUGACAUAAACAUCAUUGGAACUCCCGAAGAGCUUCCAAAAGCAGUUGAUUGCUUGAAGAAAGAGUUUGAAAUGAAAGAUUUAGGAAGAACAAAGUUUUGUCUUGGAUUACAGAUUGAACAUUUGAAGGAUGGUAUUUUUGUGCAUCAAGAAGGAUAUGUUGAAAAAGUGCUUAAGCGAUUUUAUAUGGACAAAUCACACCCGUUGAGUAAUCCAAUGGUUGUAAGAUCACUUGAUGUGAAAAGAGAUCCAUUUAGACCUCGAGAAAGUGAUGAAGAUCUGCUUGGCCCUGAAGUGCCAUAUCUUAGUGCAAUAGGAGCAUUAAUGUAUCUAGCCAGUCACACACGACCCGAUAUAUCGUUUGCUGUGAAUAUAUUGGCAAGAUAUAGCUCUUCUCCCACUAAAAGACAUUGGAAUGGAGUUAAACAUUUACUCCGUUACCUUCGAGGAACGACUGAUAUGGGCUUGUUCUAUUCGAGUGCAUCGAAGAUGGAUUUAGUGGGAUAUGCAGAUGCAGGAUAUCUCUCAGAUCCCCACAAUGGUAGAUCUCAGACAGGAUAUUUGUUCACUUGUGGUGGUACAGCUAUUUCGUGGCGAUCCACAAAACAAACUAUAACAGCCACAUCAUCCAAUCAUGCUGAAAUCCUAGCAAUUCACGAGGCAAGUCGUGAAUGUGUUUGGUUAAGAUCUAUAAUUCGACACAUCAGAGAAUCGUGUGGACUAUCUCUAGGAAAAAUGAUCCCGACGAUCAUGUAUGAAGAUAAUGCAGCAUGCAUUGCUCAAUUAAAGGAAGGAUAUAUUAAAGGAGAUAGAACAAAACAUAUUCCACCCAAGUUCUUUUUCACUCAUGAUCUUCAAAAGAGUGGUGAAAUAAUUGUUCAAAAAGUUCGUUCAAGUGAGAAUCUAGCAGAUUUAUUCACCAAGUCACUCCCGACGACAAUCUUUGUAAAGCUUGUUCGUGAAAUUGGAGUUCGACGACUCAAAGACUUGAGCUGAUGUGGUCAUGAGGGGGAGCAUAUACGCGCUGCACUCUUUUUCCCUUAACCAUGGUUUUUCCCACUGGGUUUUCCUGGUAAGGUUUUUAAUGAGGCAGCAUGAGAUAGCGUAAUAAUGCAAUCUAGUGGUCAUCCAAGGGGGAGUAUUAUGUAAAUAUUAAUAUAUGGAUGAUCAAUGGCCUACCACAUUAGAUGCUCACUUGGGAGUUACAUGUAACUCCCAUUCCUAUAUUAUUAUCUCUAAUUUAUAUGCAUUGAUGUAAGGGUGUAGUGGUUACCAAAUGGGGCCUAUAAAUAGAGCACACUAUUGUAUCACAAAUGGAGUAUGAAUAAGAAGAACUAUUCCCCUCACUUCUUUUGUGUCUUUCCUCCUCCAAUCCUCUCUUGUAGUUGCUUACAUUUCCAUUAGUUUUAUAACACUACCAAUUUAAUAAGCUUUUUUACUUAAUCUUUGAGGUUCAUGAAAUCAAAACGGGAUCACUUUAUAUUUGGUUUGAUUCGAUUCAAUCCAAAUUCCAAAUAUUGAAUGAAUCCUAUUUAAUGUUAUAUGAAAUAACCGAUAACCGAUUGGUCGGCUAUUUAAGAAAUUAUGAACCAAACCGUUGCCCAAGGCUUUCCACUAGCUGUUCCCCUAACUCAUACAUUUAAGAGUGAAAAAGCAAAGAUAUGAAAGAAAGUUCUGAAAUGAAAAUUUGAGUUGCCU